AGCAGUAGAGCAGUAGAGCAGCAUAGCAGUAGAGCAGCAGAGCAGCAGGAGAGCAGGAGAGCAGGAGAGCAGGAGAGCAGGAGAGCAGGAGAGCAGGAGAGCAGGAGAGCAGGAGAGCAGGAGAGCAGGAGAAGCAGCAUAGCAGGAGAGCAGGAGAGCAGGAGAGCAGGAGAGCAGGAGAGCAGGAGAGCAGGAGAGCAGGAGAGCAGGAGAGCAGGAGAGCAGGAGAGCAGGAGAGCAGUAGAGCAGGCGAGCAGUAGAGCA